CGACUGCGCAUGCUCAGUGCCGGACAGACCGGUGUCCAGUCAGUGUCAGACACUCUGAUCAGAUGCGUUUGCCUCAUAUGCUCCAGUCCCGUUAGUUACAUCCUGUUUGCCUUCGCGUUAUUAUUGCCAAACCUGCGUUGUUGAUGUGUUUAAACGCACAUUGUAGAUUUAAAUCCAGACAUUUAUUCACGCGCAUAUUUCACCUGGGCUGCACCGCACCUGAUGUCGGCAUAGGCACGCGCUCGCAAGGAUAAUCAUCUUAGAGCUAGAGCCAUGGAGACAGUCAUUCACUUUGUGAAUGACUCUGUAGAGUUUUAUAAAUGGAGCCUUACCAUAGCAGAUAAGCGUGUGGAGGAAUGGCCGAUGAUGUCAUCUCCGCUCCCCACCCUGGGGAUCAGCAUACUCUACCUGCUCUUCCUCUGGGCCGGACCCCUUUACAUGCAGAACCGGGAGCCUUUUCUGCUCAGAAAAACCCUCAUUGUGUACAACUUCAGCAUGGUGCUGCUUAACUUCUACAUCUGCAAAGAGCUGCUCCUGGGCUCCAGAGCGGCCAGAUACAGCUACCUCUGCCAGCCCGUGAACUACUCCAAUGAUGUGAAUGAAGUCCGGAUAGCGUCAGCACUAUGGUGGUACUACAUCUCUAAGGGGGUGGAGUUUCUGGACACAGUGUUCUUCAUCAUGAGGAAGAAGUUUAAUCAGGUCAGCUUUCUGCACGUCUAUCACCACUGCACAAUGUUCAUCCUGUGGUGGAUCGGCAUCAAGUGGGUUCCUGGUGGACAGUCUUUCUUUGGCGCUACGAUUAACUCAGGCAUUCAUGUGCUGAUGUACGGCUACUAUGGCUUGGCAGCGUUCGGCCCAAAGAUCCAGAAGUACCUGUGGUGGAAGAAAUACCUCACUAUUAUUCAGAUGAUCCAGUUCCACGUCACCAUUGGCCAUGCCGCUCAUUCUCUCUACACGGACUGCCCAUUCCCGGCCUGGAUGCAGUGGGCUCUGAUUGGCUACGCCGUCACGUUCAUCAUCCUGUUUGCCAAUUUCUACUACCAGACCUACCGCCGCCAGCCACGCCUCAAGACGGCCAAAUCUGCCAUUAACGGCGUCUCCAAUGGCACCAGUAAGGCACCGGAGGUCGUGGAAAAUGGCAAGAAACAAAAGAAAGGAAAAGGAAAGCAUGACUGAAAAGAAACAUAGAACGAAGUGAAACACUGUGUCUCAUGGGCUUCAAAAUUACCCAUGAAACCUCAACCGCUACGGACUGUUUGGUGAAUGUGCAAACAAAUUUGGUCUUUUUUUGUUAACUUGCUGAUUGUAUUUCAAACUAGGGACAUUUCCAACGCAACCAAUCCUGAGCGACGUCACUUUCUCAGUCAUCUCUUUUGAGCUGUUUAGGCUACUUGUGACAGUUUUAUAAUCUGAAAUGUCCCUUAUGGUUUACUGAUUCAGAAUAGCAAACUACUUUGAGAUGGUUAGUUAUCAUCGGGGGGAGAAUAGUCAGGGUUUUUUUCCCCCCCCACAGAAUCACUGUUAAAAUUGAAUAUGCUUUUUCACAUAAACAGAAGCUGAUUCUCUUAAAAGUUUUUAUUUAGUAUACACAGCGGAUGAAAGAUUCUUAUAUAAAUGGCUCAGCUUUCGUGACACUCUUGAAUCCCGAAAGACUGAGGCCAUAAAAAAAAAUGAUAUCUAGAAAUGAAUCAUUCAAGAUGCUAAGUCUGAAUCACUUCUAUAAAACAUGAGGAUAAUUUUUUUUUUUUUUACAUCUAUUAUUAUUGUCUGUUUGAAUCACCAUUUUUAGUGAAACUGGUGUUUAAGCUAGGGCUCAGGUGACCGUUAUUACAAAUUACUAAAUUGCUUAAGUGGCAACACAGUUCUACCAAAGAAAAUCACCGUACUUUUGGUGGGUUUAUACUCUUGCAUUAGAGAAUGUAAUUAUUUUGAUUUAAUUUCCUGUGCAAAACAAGUUCCUGAGAUUGGCGUGCAGUAAUGAUGGUGUUAUGGCUAUAUACUCAGGUAGUUUCAUAUAUUUUUGUUCCAUAUGUAAAAUUAGACACAUAUACUGCAUACACACAAACACACACGUACACACACACACACAUACUUGUGUCCUUAAUGUCUGUUCAGGUAUGUGUACUCCUCUUUAUUGCUUUGUGCAUGUAGCUUUUUAUUAAGUUUUUGCAAGUCAUAUCACAUUACAGUUAAACUAAUUUUGCUUUUUGUUCCCUUUUAUGAAAAACGUUCCCUGUAUUAUUAGAAUCCCAUGAUUAGGGGGGAAAAAAGAAGGGAGACAAAACAUGUUUGAAAACAGCUUUGAAUACUCUUAAAUUCACAAAGGAAGUACACUGGCUGUGUUUGUGAUCUGCACAUUGUGUACAACAGAUUUGACAAAUGUCAGUGUUCCUCUUGUAUAAAUAAACAGGAUGUCAACCUUA